AUGGCGGCCCUCCGGCCGAUUGCUGGGGGGCGACCAUCUCAUUCGGUGGAUUUCCAAAAAAAGUCCUUUUCUGACCUCUUCUCAGGAAAUUCUUCUCAGCCGGCGUUGAAGCUUCAGGCGAUGGCGACCACCCACAAGGGUGAGCCGGCAAUGUUGUUUUCGAAGGAGGACCUGGAUGUUUUAGCGUCCCCAUACAGAUUUGCGCUGGUAGGCAAGUUCUCACGGGGGCGCCCUAAGCUGGAGGAAAUCCGCAAGUUUUUCAGUACGUUAGACUUGAGAGAGAAGACUACGGUGGGUCUCAUGGAUUCCAGGCAUGUUGUUAUUCAUAUGGGCAACGAGGCUGAUUUCCUUAGAGUCUGGGCGCGAGGAAUUUGGUAUGUUUCAGGGUUCCCAAUGCGUGUGUUCAAAUGGUCUCCAGCUUUCCAUGUGGACAAAGAACCUUCAGUUGUUCCUGUUUGGUUUCAACUUCCCAAACUGCCGCUACAUUAUUUUCAAAAGGAGGCGAUUUUUCAGAUUUCUUCGGUCCUCGGUAUCCCGUUGUUCGUCGAUGCCGCAACUUCGGCUGUGGCAAGGCCAAGUCUUGCUAGGGUUUGCGUCGAAAUUGAUUUACUCCAGCCACGGCCAUCUCGGAUCUGGAUUGGUAAUGGGAACUAUGAUGGUUUCUGGCAAGAUCUGGUCCCAGAAAAUAUUCCCAAAUAUUGCCCACAUUGUUUUCGGCAGGGUCAUGGAGUGGAUGACUGCCAUGUUCGCAAUCCUGCGCUGCAGCCUCCUAAGGUUGAGGGUCAGCGACGUGACAGGCAGCCCAUGGCAGCGGAAGGUGGACCUAGGCAGCGUGAGGAGGCAACACAGGAGGGUGAUUUUUCGGAGGGGCCUGUUGUGGUCAUGGAGGCAGCACAGGGGGGUGGCAGUGCGGAGGGGUCUGCUGUGGCCAAGGAGGUCGUACAGGGGGGUGGCAAAUCGGAGGGGCCUGCUGUGGCCAAGGAGGCAGCACAGGGGGGUGCUAAUGAGGAGGGGCCUGCUGUGGCCAAGGAGUCACAAGGGGUGUGGAUAGAGGUAGGGGUAGAGCGGGUGGCAAAUGGAGCAGUGGGUCAGAACCAGGGUAUCGGUCAUCAGAUGCCCCUAAUCAAUGAGGUCAUUGGGGAGGGUUCAGAAGCGCCAGGAGGUGAACCGAUGAAAUCCAUUGACAUGCAGGCGCAUGCCAGGCGGAAUGAGCAGGAAUCAGAACCUGGGUUGGAGCAGGUCCGAAGCGGUCGAGAGGUGGAACAGCAGGGCGUGGCGAGUGAUAGUUGUGAGGAAGAGUUCGAGGAUGAUUUUCACACGAUGGCAGGUUCUUUAUCGCCCAGGUUGGUGUUCGUGCGUGAGAGGGAAGCAGUUAGCACAUUGGAUGCACUAAACAUUGAGGAGUAUACUGGGCAGGACAAGUCGGGAAAAAAAGCAAAGGGAGGAGUGUCUAAGCUCCCAAAUUUACGGAGAUUAAAAAGCAUUAUUAAAGAGAAGGGUGUUCAGUUUGUGGCAAUUUCUGAGCCAAAAUUAGAGGCGUCGCGAGUUGAGGAUAUUAGAUUGAAACUUGCUUUUGAUUUUGCACAUGUUAAUGAUUUGGGAGAUUUAUGGAUUUUAUAUAAGUACCCUUUCAAUUGUUCAGUGUUGGGUAAUUCUACUCAGCACAUUUCGUUAAUGGUAUCCCACCCGUGGCUACCGGGCUCUAUGAUUUUUUCCUUUGUGCAUGCUGCGUGUACGGAGGAGGGGCGGAGGGAGCUAUGGGCGAACCUCCUGUUGGAUAAACCACAGGCAUUGCCGUGGUGUAUAGGGGGUGAUUUCAAUGUUAUUGUGGAAGCUUCGGAAAAGAAAGGGGGGAGACCUUUUGCGGUGUCGGAGGGGGUGGACUUUUUGGCUUUCAUGCAAGAUGCAGAGGUUUUUGAUGCGGGCUGCUCAGGGUCCAGCUUUUCGUGGUGUAACAAUAGGAGGGGGAGAGCCAGGAUUUGGAAAAGGCUUGAUAGAUUACUCAUGAAUGGGGAGAUGGCAGAAGCGGUUUCAGUGAUUUCGGUGGUUCAUCUUGCACGCCAUCCUUCUGAUCAUGCCCCGUUGCACGUUUCUUUUGCGUCGAGGCUUGACAAUGGGGCACGGCCUUUCAGAUUUCUAAACAUCUGGACUACCAAACCUGAGUUAUUGGAUGUCAUCAGGGGAGCAUGGGUUGUUGAUGUGCAUGGGUCUCCAUUACGAGUUUUAUGUUUAAAACUCCAGGCAACUCGGAGGGCAAUUCAGCUUUGGAAUAAGCAGAAAUUUGGGUCAGUUGGUAAUGCUGUUCGGGAGGCAGAAAACAGGUUAGCAAGGAUUGAAGGGUCAGUGGAAACAUCUAGGCUGGAGGAGGAGGAUCCGGCAGAACUAAAUAUGGCUCGGGCAGAUCUUAACAGAGCCCUGGCAGUGGAGGAACAAUUCUGGAGGCAGAAGGCGAGAGUAAAAUGGCUGGGGUGUGGGGAUCGGAACACCAGAUUUUUUCACGCCGUGGUUAAACAAAGGCGGGUGCAAGGGGCGAUACAUAGGGUGAAGGAUUCUAAUGGGUCUUGGGUGGACAGGGAUGAGGACAUUGCACAGGUUGCGGUGGAGUAUUUUUCGAAUCUCUUUUCAGGGCCGGUGGAUACUGGGGGUGGUGAUCUAAUGCAUCUGAUUCCUAAGCUGGUUUCAGACGAGGAGAAUGAAAGGCUGGCAGCUAUACCUAGCAUGGAGGAGAUUCGGCAUUUGGUGUUUUCUAUGGAUGGGGAAAGUGCUGCGGGGCCUGAUGGGUUUACAGGGAAAUUUUUCUCCUUUGCAUGGGAGGUUGUGGCUCAGGAUGUGUACAAAGCGGUAGUGAGUUUUUUCUGUGGGAGUCACCUGCCAAAAUUCCUCACCUCCACUUCAAUAGUGUUACUGCCUAAGGUGUCGAACCCUCAAGAUUUUUCAAAUUUUAGACCCAUCAGCCUAUGCAAUUUCUGCAAUAAGUUGUUAUCAAAGUUAUUGGUGAGUCGCAUGGCCUUGGUUUUGCCAAAGCUGAUAUCCCCCCAACAGACGGGGUUUGUCAAGGGCCGAAGCAUUUCUGAUAACUAUCUGCUGGCUCAGGAGCUCAUGGCAUCUAUAGGCAAGAAGGCGCGAGGGGGGAACGUUGCUCUUAAAUUGGACAUGACUAAGGCGUAUGACCGGAUGUCGUGGUUCCAUGUUAUCUCCAUGUUACGAGCUUUUGGUUUUUGUGAGCAGAUUAUUGAUAUGAUUUGGCGCCUGAUCUCGAAUGUUUGGUUCUCCAUUAUCAUUAAUGGGUCUGCACAGGGGUUUUUUAAAUCUAGUCGUGGAUUACGCCAGGGUGACCCACUUUCGCCUGUGUUGUUCGUCAUUGGCUCGGAACUACUCUCGCGAGGUUUGAAUGAGCUAGCUAGUCGUCGGAAUUAUAUAGGGUUUAGGGGCCCAACCGGCUGCCAGGCCAUUACUCACCUUGCUUUUGCUGAUGACAUCCUGGUAUUUACAAAUGGGUCUUCAAUGGCGCUUCAGCAAGUGAAACGAGUGAUUGAGAAGUAUCAACAAUCUUCUGGUCAGUUGGUCAAUCCCCAGAAGAGUGGAUAUUUGGUACACCCGUCUAUUUCCCCGUCGCGGAGGAGGGUGAUUGAGAGGCUUACUCAUUUUUCAAGGCAGGAUUUUCUAAUAAGGUACCUGGGUUUCCCGUUGUACUCAGGAAGGGGUAAGGCAGCGUAUUUCGGUGAGGUGUGUCAGUCGGUUGUGGCUAGGGUGAUGUCUUGGAAGUCAAGGUUGUUAUCCACAGGGGGAAAGUUAGUCUUGAUAAAGCAUGUGCUCUCGGCAAUUCCUGUCCAUUUGUUGUCGGCCGCGGUGGGUUUCGGUUCGGUGUUCAGGCAAAUUGAGCAGGUAUGUGCAAGGUUCCUUUGGGGGUCGUCAGGGCAGGUGUCAAAAUUCCAAUGGAUAAGUUGGCCUCAAUUGUGUCUCCCCGUUGAUGAGGGAGGUGUGGGAAUCCGAAAACUUAGUGAGGUUUAUUCGGCUUUCUCUUGUAAGUUGUGGUGGAACUUACGGGCAGGCACAUCUCUCUGGGCCGAGUUCAUGCGGGCGAAGUAUUGCAAGGGGCAGCAUCCGUGUCAGGUGGAGAUAAAAAGGCAGGAUUCGAUGACUUGGAAAAGAAUGGUGAACAUCAGUCGGCAGACGGAAUUAUCCAUGGUCUGGUUGGUAAAAGGGGGUUCAUGUAACUUUUGGUAUGAUAACUGGUUAGGGAGUGGAGCUUUGUGUCUUAAAGUUCCGGUUAUGCCGGAGUUAUCGUUUCGGGAUUUCAUUUCGAAUGGGUCCUGGGAUUGGCAAAGGCUUAGAUCAGUAAUUCCGGCUGAGCUGAUUUACUCAUUUUCCCAACAACCGGUUCCGGAGGGGGAAGAGCAGGAUGAGCUGGUUUGGCGUCACACGGCGUCAGGAAGGUUUUCUCUAGCGUCCGCUUUUCAGGAGGUUCGUCGCGCAAGUCAUUAUUCCGUUCUGCACUCUCGGGUAUGGCAUUCUUGGCUUCCGCUCAAGAUAUCUUUCUUCAUGACACGAUUGCUUUUGGGGAAAUUACCGGUGACGGCCGCCUUGGGAAGGGUAGGGGUUCAUUUGGCUUCAAAGUGUCUUUGUUGUUUGGAGGGGGCGGAGGAGACACUUGAUCACGUCUUCUCAGAGGGGGAUAUUGCGAGUGAAGUUUGGGAGUUUUUUGGUAGGAUUGGGGGGGUGUCACGGCGGGGGAUUUCUGUUCGGUCUUGGCUUGCGGCUUGGUGGAUGGCGCAUCCAAGGGCGGAGGAGGGUCGUUUUCUGUUUGGAAUUAUUCCUAGUUUUAUUUGCUGGCACAUCUGGAAGGGGCGUAAUAGGGCAUUUUUUGAGGGGGUUCCGAUGAGUCAUGCAAAGGUUUGCCAUGACAUCCUUCAGGAUCUGGAAGGGGUGGCCGAAGGAAAAUUUCAUCAACGUGUGGGGAGGAACGUUCUAUUUCAGUUUCUGGGGGGACUAGCAACCUCGCCCCAGAGAUUUUAUGCUCAAGCGGUAAGCUGGCGGGCGCCUGAGGGGGGAACGCUGAUUUUGAACACUGAUGGUUGCGCGAAAGGAAAUCCUGGAGCUAGUGGUGGUGGGGGGGUGUUACGAGAUUCAUUAGGGCUGCCGCUUUUUGCGUUCUCGGAAUCUUUCGGGGUAACAACGAGUCUACGGGCAGAAGUUCUGGCCCUGGCAACGGGCCUCCGUCUUUGCAGGCAGAGGGGAUAUACAGAUGUUACCAUUCAGGUGGACUCUCAGGUGCUGGUAGGGAUUCUGCAGAGAAGGGUCCAGUGUCCAUGGCAGGUUCGUGUUGUGGUCGAACAGAUUUGGGGUUUGAUCCCGGACGCGGGCCAGGUUUCGCAUUGUUAUAGGGAGGCAAACAGGGUGGCUGAUAGGCUGGCAAACGUGGGCGUUUCUCGACAGAUACAGAGCAUUAUCACUUACGAGAAUUUUGAUGAAUUACCAGCUUUGGCGCGUGGUGAAAUUCGUUGUGAUAGGAUAGGAAUACCGUCCAUUAGGCGACGACAGUUAAAGCGGAACACUAGGCUAGGCUAG